CUUCGAUCCUUCCUCCUCCCGCGUCCUUGUAACUCAUUCCUUCGUGCGUCAUGAGGCCCCAGCAGCUGCUAAAGCUGCCUGACCUUAGUUGAUCCCCAUCACUAUUAUUCCUGGUGCUACGUUAUACAGUUAUACUAGUACUUAUUCUUUUCUCUUCACCAACUUCACCCCUUGCUCUUUCUCGCUAUUGCUGCUAUUCUUUUCUUGCACAGCUCAUCCAACGACUCAUUCAACUUCAACUCCUCCACUAAAUGUAACAUUAAUCACUCGGACCCGUCAAACUCGUAUUCCUUUUCUCAAAAAUUCCAAUUUUUUCAUGUAUACCUUGGCCUUAGCCACCAAAAUCAUCAUCAACCAUGAAAUUCCUUUUCCCCUUCCUCCUCCUUUUCCUGUCUCUCAUCCCUUCUCUUACCUUCUCUGAAUCCCUUAGAGGUACAUUUAUCGAUUGUGGAGCAACAAGCCCAACAGUGAUCAACGGCCAGCAAUGGGUUCCAGACAAUGAUUUCAUUACUGUAGGCACACCGAAGAAUCUAUCCACUCAAUAUGAAGACUUAACCCUAUCAACUGUCCGUACAUUUCCAGUCCAAAACAAUAUUUACAAGAAAUUCUGCUAUGAUAUUCCUGCUUUCAGAACUGGUAAAUACUUGGUGAGGACUACAUAUUUUUAUGGGGGAGUAAAUGGGAAUGCCAAUCCUCCUGUAUUUGAUCAGGUAGUGGAUGGGACCAUUUGGAGUAUUGUGAAUACAACUGAGGAUUAUGGACAGAAGAAGGCUUCAAUUUAUGAGGGGAUUUUUGUGGCUGCAGGGAAAGCUAUAAGUGUUUGUUUGGCAGCCAACAAUUAUACUGAUUCAGACCCUUUUAUAUCUGCAUUAGAGGUUGUAGUCUUGGCUAAUUCGUUGUAUAAUUCUACGGAUUUUGGUACUUAUGGUUUGAAAUUGGUGGCAAGGCACAGUUUUGGAUACAAUGGACCACUCAUAAGGUAUCCUGAUGAUCAAUUUGAUCGGUAUUGGCAGCCAUUUGGAGAAGAUAAUUCCACCACACCAUCUUCCAGGAAUGUCUCUGUAUCUGGUUUCUGGAAUAUACCACCACUUAAAGUAUUCCAGACGCAUCUAGGAACCAAUCAACCAGAACCCUUGGAGUUACCGUGGCCUUCAACGUCUCUCCCAAACUCAAUCUAUUAUAUUGCUCUUUAUUUCGCUGAUGAUCGUGUUUCUCCUUCGGCGAGCCCAAGAGUGUUUAACAUAACUGUUAAUGGCAUUAUGUAUUAUGCGAAUCUGGCUGUGACUGAAGCCGGUGAAGCUGUAUUUGCAAACCAGUGGCCUCUUGCUGGCUUAACAAAUAUAACUUUGACUCCAGCUACUGGCUCGGCAAUUGGUCCUCUAAUCAAUGCUGGAGAGGUUUUUGAAGUUCUGAAUCUUGGUGGAAGAACUCUUACAAGAGAUGUAAUUGCUAUGGAAAGAAUAAAGGCGAGCAUUAAGAACCCUCCACUUGAUUGGAACGGUGAUCCAUGUUUACCACGUCAAUACUCUUGGACUGGAGUUUCAUGCUCAAAAGGUCCCAAAGUUCGAGUUACCACCUUAAACCUAACGAAUAUGGGCAUUUCGGGAUCUAUCUCACCAAACAUAUCCAGUUUAUCAGCAUUGUCUGGCAUAUUGCUUGGAAACAAUAGUUUGACAGGAUCUAUACCCAACCUUUCUUCACUGAAGAGACUGGAAAUUCUGCAUCUGGAGGACAAUAAGCUCAGUGGAGAGAUUCCCUCAUCACUUGGAAACAUUCAAAAUUUGCAUGAACUCUUCUUGCAAAAUAAUAAUCUGACUGGAACAGUACCAAGCAACCUUGUUGGGAAGUCUGGGCUGAACCUUAAGGUUUCCGGCAAUCCAUUUUUGCCACCACCUGCUUCAUAAGAGCCCAAGCGAAUGUAUCUUCUUAUGGUCCAACAACCAAGACUGUACCGGCAUUUUCUAAAAGCUGCCCGUUUCCUGUUAUUUAUUGUUGGUAUAUAGAGGUUGCCAUAAAUCAGUCACCAUGGAAACUUGGGUGUACAAAUUUGUGAUCGACCUUUCUGCUUCAUUCAGUAAAACGAACACUUGCGUGUCUAUGUCUUGCAUAUGGGAUCCUGUUUGUGGACUAUUCUCACAGUACUGAACAUCUUUUUUUUUUUGGGAAAUGCUGCUUGUAUAUGGGAUUAUACAGAUCAGAGGUAGCGCUGACGCAUUUUUUUUUUUUCGGUAUGAUGACACCAAUUUGUGUCAAUCCGCAUUCUUGAAGGAAAUGGAAUUUGCACAGUUGUAAUCUGAAUCAAAUACUCUGUAAUUAAUUUUUCUGAAAUUGUUGUGACGUUAGUUAGUAGCA